AAUUGAUAAAUAUGAACAAGCCAACCAAACUUCACCGCUUCGAUUGAUUGACCUGAACUCUAAAGUGUUCAAGGAUAGAUUUAACGGAUUAUUACAGAUUCUUUAUUUAUUCGAGUACAACUUAGGGGAACACGCAAACUAUUUACUGUCGCUGAUCGCCUGUCUUGAAACCAUGGAAGCCAAACGUACAAAGCGAAGAUUAUGGAUUCCUCAUCUUACUUUAAGAAAAUACUUUAGAUCCACUGAUGUUAAUCCUAGUAUGGGAGGACCUGUAGGCUCUGUACCUGGUUCUAAUGGGGCAGCAGGAGGAGGAGGAGGCGGCGGCGGAGGGGAAGCAAACCACGAAAUGAGCACCGAUUUAAAUCUGACUCAAACAAUGAGUCGACACGAUAUGUUGAACAAUUACGUCGAAGAUGUUGAACUGGCUGGCUCAAGAAACCAGAAAGGUACUUUAUUCUCUCGGGAUCCAGAUAUCAACCCUCCUGAAACUGCGUUUGAAAGAUUCUUUUACAAGGUGCAUAUUUAUUCGCAAUGGAUGUCUAGUAUCGAUGCCAUGUUUGCCCUGAAAACAUCUGCCGGAUUCGUUUUGCUCUCGUUGCCUGCUUUUUUACCUCAAAGUUAUGCUUGGUUUUUUGCUCAACAUGGACAAUGGGCUACCGUCACCUUGAUGAUGUGGAUGUUUCCUAUGGCUGGCAUGUUUGCUUUUACUAUUAUUCUUCGAAUUUUAGGAACAGUUCUCGGUGGUGUUGCGGGUAUUAUUAUUUGGGAGAUUACAAGAGGAAAUCCAUAUGGGCUAGUCAUCUUGACUUUUUUUGUCAUGUGGCCAUUGUACUAUGUCUUCUUUACUAAUCAAGUACUGAAUAUUGUGGCUAUUAUGACACAAGUUACUCUCAUGUUGGUUAUUUGUUAUGAAUAUCAAUUUAUAGCUAAUGGUGUUGCUGUCCAUGACUCGGUAGAGAUGAUUGCAGGAAAACGAAUCUUACUUGUGCUGAUUGGUGUUGCCGCUUCUGCUAUUCUAUCCAUGAUCCCAAAGCCUGUGACAGGCCGUGUCGAGCUUCGUAAACGACUUUCGCAAACAAUAGCUGAUAUGAGCAAGUUAUACGCUAUUUUGAUCGGUGAUCUUGUGACAAUAUAUGAAAACAACCGAGACCCCACACCCGGACAAACCAAAGCAUUCAAGAAAUUAGCACUAGGGAUCCGUCGACAGAUUGCAGACGAACAAAUGUUUUUAAAAUUAAGCAAGCUGGAACCGUCGAUGCGAGGUAAAUUUCCUGUGGAAGUGUAUACCCGUCUUGUUGAAAAGGUGGACAAUAUGUCAGAUUUACUUUUGGGAAUGGCGUAUGCGUCUAAAUCUAUCGACAGGUCAUGGCAGCGUAAUAUUGUGCAUGUCUUGAGACAGCAUCGUACAGAAUAUCUUGCAUCUAUUUUGGCCAUCAUGAAGCUUCUCUCAGCAACUUUAUCGUCUAAGAUGGCAUUGCCUCCAUAUAUGCUUUCACCAAAAGAGUUGAGAGAGAGACUAGCUCAAAGGUUGAGUCAGGUGAUUGUUGAAUCACCUGAUCACCUUGAUAUGAAUACUUUUCCAGGUUAUUGUGCUUAUGCUGUCAAUUCGUUCAAGUUCUCUGAAGAGCUGGGAGAGGUCUUGGAGUGCGUGGAACAGCUCGUCGGAGUAGAAGAUCCGGAACAAUGGCUUUUGAUUCAUGCUUAGGAAACUUUUUGUUGUAAAUACGGAGAACAUAUUCUCCCAAGACCAUCCGAGCCUUCAAAUUUUAAAUAAAGAUGUACAACAUCGCUUUGUCUUUUUUUCC